AUCAAACCCCCGGGAAUCUUGGGUGGUUAUGUCUGACAGGUAGAGACCAUUUCACAUCUUCUCCAGCACCAACGUCUAGCUGGUGGCAUUUCCUUGCGCAAAACAAGCACACGAAGUGGACAAAAUACAAAGAUCAAAUAACAAUGCAUAGUAUCAUUGGUCUCGGGCUCAAAGGCUUUCUUCUGAUUGCCUCAGCUGUCGUUCUUGGCUUAUCAGUCACCCUUGAAAACCAUCAAAAAUAUGGAAGCCCUCCCGCCGAGACUUCUUUCGCAAGCUUCACCGGUGGAUUCGGCAUCGUAGUAGCUGCCAUAGGUGUUGCUUCGAUGUUCAUCGAUGCAAUUCCGACCCUGGUUCCCCUCGUGGUAGAAGGACUGGCUGCUCUGUUCUUCCUCGCUGGCGGUAUCGCACUGGCUAUUGCUAUGAAAGGCGUUUCCUGUGAUGGUGACCUGGGAUCGGAAGCAUACGGCGUCCGCUUUUUCAACAAAAUCCUCAAUGGUGGCUGCCCCACAGUGAACAGAUGUUAUGUCUCUGACAAGAUCAUCUUUAGUCCUGAGGAGGGCAACGACAGUCUGAAAGCGCGAUGCGUUCGUACUCAGGCAGAUUUUGCUUUCCAAUUUAUUGCGAUGUUCGCAGCCUUGGGUGCUUUGGCGAUGACUUUCUUUACUGCUAGGCGCUCUGGCACCAGGGUCAUUGCUUGAGAGUCCGCAUAACAAGAUGCGCUACGACUUUGCAGCUUCCAAAUACCCAAAUAUCCAGAUAAUGAGAGCUGAAGCGAUCCUUCAUCAAACAUGGCAUAUCGCUGGCCAUGGGGUGAAUACUUCGAAACGAGUACCACGGGACAAGGCAUAUUGAGGUUUGGUUUCUCUAGUCAUUCUGGCAAUUCGUGGAUUUUGGUGCUCAAACCUGGCCUGUAUGCAAUGUGGACGUUAGGAUUUUUCAGUCCCUGGAGUUUGGUCGUCGGUAUGAGAUACCCGAUAAUCGUUUUGGUGGCUUUGUGCGUAACUGAGUUCCAAAUGAUCACGUAGAUAGGUACCUAGGUAUGAUUGAAACGAAAGUUAAUGUGGAGGAUGGGUAAAAUUUCCAUAAAUUUAAAAAACCGGCUUCGUCUUUAGCAGCGCCUUCGGUUUCCAUUUCGAGAGUAGUAUUGUAUUGUGUCAUUUGCCUGAGGAGGCUAAUUCAGCCUUGUUCUGUCCAAGCCAAGACAACAUCCC